AUUAGCUGUACGACCGUUUCCCGCUGCGGUCUGGUGUCAGUUAUCUUCCAACGUCUUAAGUGGUAAUUACGUAAAAUAAAUAUGGCAGACCGCCUGUGCUUCACAAUAACCAAGCCAUUAUCACAUACAAGUCUACUCUUAUUUGGAUAUGUACUGAUCGCAGGUACAGCGCCAAUUCCAAACUCACCUUCUACAGAAAUGGUUAAAUUUAUGAAGCAGUUCGGUUACUUGAUUGAUGCAGGACCAAAUACAGAUGCUCUCUACACUGAAGAAGGUUUUAAAGAAGCUAUUAAAAAUAUGCAACGGUUUGGCGGAUUGCCGGAAACUGGUGUAAUUGACGAAGCUACACAAAAGUUGAUGACAGUGCCACGUUGUGGUGUUCCCGAUGUAAUACGAAAAAUCCCCACUAACCAUAACAUCAGGGAAAAGCGCUAUGUGAUUGGCGCGGAGGGAUGGAGGAAGAGAACAAUAACUUAUUUUCUAGCAAACUGGUCACCAGAACUUGAACAUUCAGAAGCUUAUAGGAAUCUAGAAAAGGCCUUUGAAGUGUGGACCAAACCAGUCCCAUACUUACGUUUUAAAUAUUUAAGAAGUAUGAGUGCUGACAUUAUAGUUGCUUUUGGACAAGGUUCUCAUGGGGAUGGAUAUCCUUUUGAUGGACCUGGAAGUAUACUGGCUCAUGCCUUCUUUCCAUAUGAACAUGGCCACUAUGGUGGAGACAUUCAUUUUGAUGAUGAUGAGUUUUGGGUAGAUGAAUCCAAGGGAAAGCAAGAUGGUGGUCUUGACUUCUUUACGGUAGCAACACAUGAAAUAGGACACAGCCUGGGUCUAGCACAUUCCACUGUACCCAACUCGGUAAUGUUUCCAUACUACAAAGGUUACGACCCUUCCUUUACAUUAGGCUACGAUGACGUAGUAGGCAUGUAUGAAUUAUACGAUGCAAACACACAUUUUGAGGACGAGGAAUACGAGAGUUUUUUUAACCAGACGGAUGAUGAAAGAACUACUACUUCCAAAACGGAUGAAACUACUAGAAAUCCUAGUGCAGACGACGACAUUUUUAGUGAUCGAGUGGGUAGGGAUAAUGAAACUGGACAAAAAAAUGAUGAUGGUAAAACUGAUGAAAACGUAGAAGAUGAUCACUACAAGAUAAGUUCAGAUGAUGAUCGGACGAACCCACCUCCCAAACGUACUGACCAAAAUGAUGAGGAAUAUUCGACUGACGACAAUGGAAAACAAACAACAAGUGAAAGUUAUUUCCCUGAACUUAUUCCUGAAAACGAUGGCGUAGUCAAUGCAACUGAAGUUGGUGAUGAUGAAAAAAGUCACAGCUCAAAUGAAACUUUAGAUAAAAAGAAGGCGAAGUAUGAACCAAAUGCUUGUAAUGGCUUUUUUGAUGCUGCUGGUAAUGUUAGGAAUGAAAUCUUUAUUUUCAAAGGCUUGUUCGUCUGGAGAUUAACAGAACGUGGUCUGUUAGCAAAAGGUUAUCCGGUAUACUUUCACUACCUAUUUUAUGGCCUACCUUGGUCAGUCCGGCGGAUAGAUGCGAUCUAUCAACGAUCUACAGACUAUCAUAUUAUACUUUUUUCAGACAAAUAUUUCUGGGUUUUCGACGGAAACAGUUUUACAAAAGAUAGCCCUUUUCCACUAACUGAUCUGGGAUUACCUCCAUUCUUGGAUCGUGUUGAUGCAGCUCUGGUUUGGGGAAAGAAUGGAAAAACUUACUUCUUUGCAGGAAAUAAUUACUGGCGAUAUGAUGACAGAAAGAAAAAAAUGGAUGAAUUUUAUCCCCAACCAAUCCAACGAUGGAGAGGAAUUCCUCCCAAUAUAGAUGCGGCAUUUACUUGGAAUGGACUGUCAUAUUUUUUCAAGGCCAAUCUUUACUGGAGAUUCAACAAUGAAGAAGUAAUUGUUGAUGAACAAUAUCCUCUAUCUGCUUCUGCCGAUUGGCUGGGAUGUUGAGGAGCAUGUUGUGUUAUAAAAAAACAUGUUAAUUCAUGUUUUGGGCUUCUUGCAGCUUUCUGUUUUGUUUUUACAAUUUCACAUUCAUUCAAAGUGUAUUUGGUAAGAAGUUUCAAAGAACUAAAAAUCCGUAAAAUUCAUUGAAAGCACAUAGUUGAAUUAUGAUGCAGUUUUUAAUAGUAUAUCGUCAAUUCUAAACUCUUUCCUUUGCAUUAGUUCACCAAAAAAACUGACCUCAGCAUUAAAAAUCAAUAUUUAUUCCUUGGUUGUUUUUCCCAUGCUACUUUCAAAUAACAUCAUUCAUUGGCGGGAACUCUAAAGACUAAGAAAAUACUUCCUUUAAAGAAAGAAGCAAUGGUAAGGGUUAGAUUUCAACUUGUUACAGUUACUGCUCUUGAACUUUUAUAACAGUAGUAUACAAAAGAGGAAGAGUUCAGUUUCACGAUUAUGCUAAUAAAAUUAACGAGUAUAUAUUAAUAAGAAUGUUUAAUAAAGAAAAUAUAUUUCAAACAUCUAACAAAAACAGUAAAUGUGUGCCAUAUGUUUAGUUGACCCGUUAAGGAAAUGCUGAGUAUUUUUUGUUUUAUAUAAUUGUAAUUAUAAUACUUUAUUUUGAAAGAAAAACUUGGUUUAAACAUUUCAGUAUCAUUCAUUCGAAUUCUACCAUUGAGUAAGUGACAUAUGUAAGAUCUAUCACGUUGCUUAGGUUAUGAUUAUUAGCAUCUGUUAUAAAUAAUACUUAUAUUGGGAUUAUAUCUUUUGUUCACGUGAUUGGUUCGAACUUGUAUAUAUCAACAUUGCCUAACCUGUAUUUCCUUAAUACCGUUUGAUUAUCUCCCGGUGGGUCAGUGGUAAGUUUACGGAUUUACAACGCAAAAAUCUAGGGUUCAGUACAUCAGAUAGCCCAUUGUGGUUUUACUCUGAAACAAACAAAUUAGAUCUUUUGUUCACGUGUUUAUUUCCAACUUCUGUACAUCAACAAUGCCUUACCUAUAUUUUUCUUAAUCGUUUAUUUUAACGUUUAACUCUUCUGGUACAUUCUUUUGUUUUUUACGAUUUUCCUAAAUGCUUAUUUUUUUAGGAUGACUAAUAUCGGCACAAUAAAGGGUUAAAUUUGACUUUCCACGGAUGACAGAAUAGAGACAAUUUCUCAAUCUCUUCACCACUGACGCCAAAUUAUAAACGUGACUUUCUUCAGUCAUGCUAGACUAUAAUACACCAUUUUCUAUAUUCACAUAACAAGUUAAAUAUAUUUUUACUGUAAUCACUCAUACUAAAAUAUAAACAGUGCCUCAAAGUUAAAUAGAUUCUUACUGUAAUCACUCAUACUAAAAUAUAAACAGUGCCUCAAAGUUAAAUAGAUUCUUACUGUAAUCACGCAUACUAAAAUAUAAACAGUGCCUCAAAGUUAAAUAGAUUCUUACUGUAAUCACGCAUGCUAAAAUAUAAACAGUGCCUCAAUUCAUUCACUAACGUUAAUUAAAUAUCUCUCUCUUUCUCUUCGCUCACGUCAGAAUAUAGUUUUUCACUUUUCCGUACCCUUAUUUAACUAAUAAAGAGAAAGCCCUUAGAAUUACAGUUUUUUGUAACCUAAAUGUCAUUACAGUUAUAUGUUGGUAAUCCAGUGAUUGCAAUGUGACAUCUUAUCAUAAUGCACGAUAUACCGUCUGUCUGUCUUCUCGUUAUUUCCUUAAACAUUUCUGGGUUUCAGAUUCGUUCAAGGUAGUAAACCUGACUCAGGGAGGCUUAGGUUCUUGAAUAACCUCUUGGGAGUAGUCAAACGCCCCCUUCCCUCUGAGCUUAAUAUUGAUAAGAACAAUCGUCACAUGCCCAAAGCAAAUGAUAAUUGCACGACUUAAUCUUAUUAUAAUGUACAUUUGGCGUUAAGUAUGACAGUAAAUAUUCAAAAAAUAACUUUUAGUUUGUCUCAUUUCUGCCAUUCCAACUUUUCGUACCUCCCUUAUACUGAAUUACUGUUCUUAAGAAGAGUACGUUUGCUAUUGGAAAUGACUUCUUAUUCUAAAGUUAUCAGUGUAUUUUAUCCAAGAGAUACGUAACUAUUUCUUAUGAUGCUACAUUGUCAGAUAGAAUAGAAUAUUUACUAUAUUGUAUUAUUACUUGUUUCAUCUAAUGGCAUGUAUUCUUACCUAUCUUGUUGAAUUCAACACUUUGACCUUACAAAGAGAUAUAUGCCGCAUAUUUCUAUAAAGCAAACGAGAAUUAAUCUAAUAAAUAGUCUACUGAAGAUUCAGUUGUAGUGAUUUCCUUGGUAACUAAAUGUUGUUCAGAAGAUAAUGUGGGAAAUAAUCUUUUUCAAUUAUUCCUAUUUCUAGGUCAGAGAUUACCCUAAAACAAGUCAAAUCGUGCAUUGAUUGACCUCAAAAGUGCGAAAUGAUUACCGACUAAGCAGUAACAUUCAGUGUAUUAAGUUGGCAUUGAAUUUUAAGUCUGUCGUUUCUAACCCAUUGAAAUGCAUAAAUGAAAUAUGAUAGUAAAAAUUUAUUUAAAAUACUAUAGUUGAAUCCGCUAAUUUUUUUCUGACUUCAUAGCAACGUGUGUACGGAAAAUACCUAAACAUAUAAGAAAUCACCUUUUUCUUCCUUACAUGCCCAAAGCAUGCAUGACGUUUAUAGCUGUUUCUAUAAACGUCACUCUAAAUUCAUGCCAACUUGAGAUUUUUUAAUAGAGCUACAACACAUUUUGUUUCAAUAUGUAAUUAUUUUACAGUAUGUUAGAUACUGUACCUCAUCAAUAACGAAUAUUGAAUCUGAAAUUAUUAAACUGAAUAAAUCAAAAAUAAACUAAUAUUCAUGUAGCUUCUAAAGCUACCAGAUACUGGACUGAAUACGUGUGAAAACAUGACCUGUUAUGAGUUUAUUAGAUAUGUUGUUCGAUAUUUUAAAACUGGUAUACAACAGCACAACCCUAUAAACUACAUAUUACGUAAAUAUGUAAUGUGGAAAGAAAAUCACUACGUUUAACAACAUUAGAACUCGCCGCCUGAAAGAAUCUGAAUAUAAACCAACUGCUUUUGUAUCUUCUAUUUUUUUUUUUUUAAUUACAAAACAAUACACCAUACAAAGCCUCCAUUCCCUACAGUUUUGUAUAACAAACUUCCUAACUAUAAUAAUAUAUUAACCACAUCCAUAAGUUUUCUUCCAGAAAUUAACAAUAACAACACUGUUAGUGCUGUAAACACUAGUUUUAAGUGAACUAACACUCAAAGUGAAUUGAAUAUUAUAGAAUCAAUAGAAAUUUUGUGCUGUAAAUUAAAUAAUUCUUUAACAUGUGGAGAUGAAUGGUUAGCUGGCGCCAAUACACAGUUAUGGAAGAAAUUUUGAUUCCCUAUGUGUAAUAUUCAUACCACCCUUAAAGACCAGAAUGAGUUAAACGUUUUCUGUAUAAAACUACCCGUUUGUUGUGUACUUUUUUACUCCUUAUGAUAGUAGCGUAAAGCUACCCAAACAUGUAGUCUUCUGAUGUUAACCGUCGGUCAAAUAAAGUUUUUAUUGUGCAUUUUAAACGUCGUUCCUGCUUUUAAUUUUAAACAUUUUGCACAAAUUGCCUUGAUUGAAUUUUCAUUGUAAAGGUUUAUGUGAAAAUUGUGAAAGUCAAUAGGUAAACAAGUCAACCUGGCUGGAUUGUAGGAAUUAAUGCAGCACAUUUAGGAGAGUGUUUCACAAUCGUGAACGUGAAAAAUUAAAAAUUCAACAACUCAUUCUGUUGUGUCUAUUGUUGCAAAACGAAGUGUUCAAUAUUAUAAUUAUUUUUGAAGUUUACAAAAAAAACAUAGUUUUCUUUUUCAAAAUACUUGAGUUAUGAGUCUAUCCAGAAUUAAACCAGUGAAAAAUUACAAACACGUAUAAACAAUGUUUGUUUGUUUGCCGAGUUUCGCGCAAAGCUACUCAAGAAC